GUUUUUUAUUUUUUAUUUUCAUGUCAAGUCAAGAGGCAAUCAUGUCUGGUUGCGACUGAGCGGAACAGGUUCCUGUAAACCCGGGCAGUUUCCCCCUCCCUGCAUAGUAGCACAUGGAUUUCAAGACUUCAAAUGAAGAGACAAAGACUGGGAUUUAUUUGCUGCAAGAAGGUAAUGAAGAGCCGUUCAACAUUCGACUGCACUUGGCCAGAGACAUUCUGACGAUCCAGGAGCAAGAUGUCAUCUGCGUGUCCGGAGAUCCCUUCUACUCCAGUGAGAGGACUGUGACCAUACGCAGACAGGCGAUCGGAGGGUUUGGCCUGAGCAUCAAGGGUGGGGCAGAGCAUAAGAUCCCAGUUGUGAUAUCCAAAAUAUCGAAAGAGCAAAAAGCUGAACUCUCCGGCCUCCUCUUCAUCGGCGAUGGCAUUCUGCAGAUAAACGGAAUCAACGUCAGAAGCUACCGCCACGAGGAAGUGGUCCAGGUUUUGAGAAAUGCCGGCGAAGAGGUGACACUCACUGUCUCCUUCCUCAAGAAGACCCCGGCCUUUCUCAAAUUGCCCCUCUGUGAAGAUUGCACAUGUAUUCCCAGUGACCAGAGCAGUGGCACGUCCUCCCCUCUCUGCGACAGCGGCCUUCAUCUAAACUACCAUCCCAACAACACGGACACUCUGUCGUGCUCCUCCUGGCCAACGUCCCCGGGGCUCCGAUGGGAGAAGAGGUGGGUGGACCUCCGUCUCAUCCCGCUGCUCCACUCCCGUCUGUCGCACCACCUCCCGGGCUCCGACGUCUGCAGGAAAAAUGCCUUUCAGGUGAUAGCGGUGGACGGGGUCUGCAGCGGGGUCAUUCAGUGUCCUACGACCGAGGACGGCGUGGACUGGCUCCAAGCCCUCGCCUCCAGUAUCUCCAACCUCACCAAGCACAAUGUGAAGAAGACUAACCGCAAUUUCCCCGUCAACCAACAGAUCGUCUACAUGGGCUGGGUGGAUGAGAAGGAGCUCGACUCGGUUCAGGAUCGAAUGUACACGCCUAAGUUCCUAGCCUUGAGGGGAUCCUCGCUCUUCAAGUUCUCUGCUCCUCCGGUUACAACAUGGGACUGGACACGAGCCGAGAAGAGCUUCACUGUGUAUGAAAUCAUGUGCAAGGUUUUAAAGGAUAACGACCUUCUGGACAAGAGGAAGCACUGCUUCAGCGUUCAGACGGAGAGCGGAGAGGACCUGUUUUACAGCGUCGAGCUGGAGGGUGAACUGCUCACCUGGGAGAAGGCUUUUCAGAUGGCCACAUUCCUGGAGGUGGAGAGAAUACAGUGUAAAACAUACGCCUGCAUCAUGGAGAGCCACCUCAUGGGCCUCACCGUGGACUUCAGCAUGGGCUUCGUCUGCUUCGACGCUGCCUCCAAGGCAGUGCUCUGGAGGUACAAGUUCUCCCAGCUCAAAGGCUCGUCCGACGACGGCAAAAGCAAGAUCAAGUUCCUGUUCCAAAACCAAGACUCGAAAGCUAUCGAAGCCAAGGAGCUGGAAUUCUCCAACCUCUUCGCCGUGCUCCACUGCAUCCACGCCUUCUUCGCAGCCAAGGUGGCGUGCCUGGACCCCAUGUUCGUGGAGGGCCACGCCACGGCGGCGAUGGGCUCCGGCCUCUCCUCGCUCGCCACCAUCUCCUGUAACUCGCAGCAGUCGUCCAAACUCAAGUACGCCACUUGACAGGCGGCAACCGCAGCCUCC